UUAAGAAUGGAGGGCUCAGUAUCAAACGUUGAAGUGUGUAAUUUGGCAUAUUUGGGUCAGUUUGAGAAACUAAAAGAGUCCAUUUUAUCAGAUAAAACCCUUGCCUGCAAAACGGACCAGGAUCACAGAACUGCCCUACAUUGGGCUUGUUCGGCUGGCCAAACCAACAUUGUUUCAUUUCUACUUGACCUGGGAGUUGAAGUGAACCUGCAAGAUGAUGCUGAAUGGACCCCUCUUCACAUUGCAUCGUCUGCAGGCAGAGAAGACAUUGUCAGAGCAUUAAUAUCCAAAGGGGCUCAGCUAAACUCUGUAAAUCAAAAUGGAUGCACUCCUCUACAUUAUGCUGCCUCCAAGGACAGAUAUGAGAUUGCCUUGCUGUUGCUUGAAAAUGGAGCAGACCCUAAUGCUAUGGACAAACUUGAUUCCACUCCACUUCAUAGAGCAUCUGCCAAGGGCAACUGUCGCCUGAUCCAGCUGCUUCUCAAACAGAGUGCCUCGACCAACAUCCAGGAUUCGCAGGGCAACACAGCACUCCACCUGGCGUGUGAUGAGGAACGUGUUGAAGCAGCAAAGUUGUUGGUGGAACACGGAGCCAGCAUUUAUAUCGAAAACAAGGAGGAGAAAACCCCUCUCCAGAUGGCCAAGGGUAGUCUGGGCAAUGUACUUCGUCAAAUUGUGGAAGGAUGAUGCUUUACCAAACUAAAGGUUUCAGCUGCAAACCACACCAUUGUCAUCCCCCAUCCUUAUGGAGUGGCUUGUUGUGACAAGUGGAAGUAUUUGGCUUCCUCAUCAGUAGCACAGAUAUUAACAUAUCUGACCAAAAACAAUGAAUAGCACGGGCCAAAACUUCCGCUGACCUUCUGUGAAGUUUGUAUUGUUAUAGAUUAGUUAAUAAAAUCAAUGUUAUGCUUGUUAAUAAUGUGUGGCUUUAUUGUAUAAACUGUUACGAACCAAUUGCCCUCUUGGUGGAUGGAGCAAUAGUUAAGCUACAAAGAGUGACGUGCAUUUGUACUUUGUUACUGUACACAAGCCGAUGUUAGCUGCCACAUUGGUGGCAUGACUUAUUUGUAACAAGAGUGUUCAUAUUACAAUAAAUGCUUUUGGUUUGAAGUUUUA